UGUUACACAGUGGUUGGAGCCUUUGUCAUACACAAGGAAACCACAGCAGACCUUCAGGAGGACCUGACUGUCUUCAAGGAGUGGAAUCCUGACUGGAAGCCCAGCCACUUCAUGGUUGACAAAUCUAAUGUGGAAAUCAAUGCCUUGGAGGAAGAGUUUCCAGGUAAAAGCAGUCACUGUCCAAAAUAUGGUAAGGCCCUUAUGAUACAUGUACCAUGUUUAGUAACCGGUAUCUUUGUGUUCUUUCCAGAAUCAAAGAUCCUCUUGUGCGAUUUCCACAGGGAGAAAGCUUGGGUUGAGUGGUGUCGGAAGACAGACCAUGGGGUUCGUGAUCAGCAGGACACGCUGCUGAAGCUGCUGAGAGCUGUCGCCUCUGCCUCAAGUCCAGAGGAAUACUACACACGACUGAGCGAGCUGCAGGAUUCAGAUGUUUGGAAGAGGAACUGUAAGGUCCAGACAUGGCUUUCCACCCACUGGCUACCUGAAGCUGAGGUAAAAUGGGUGCACGCAUUUCGGUCAGAACACAUGACUGUCGCCAUCUAUACAAACAAUGGCAUCGAGAGGCAGAAUGAGACUCUCAAGUACAAGCAUCUUGAUGGCAAAAAAAACUGCAACCUGACCGAGAUGGUAACAAGGGUUGUUACCAGUUUCCUUCCAGAAACCCAUCGCAACAUGGGCAUCAUAUCUGUAAGCAGGGAAAUUAAUUGUCUUUUAAGUAUCAUUACUAGUAAACUAGUAUAUCCCUCUUCUCUUUUCUUUAGGUACAUAGAGCUCAAUGUCCGAUUCUCACCCGGGUAUAGUGUCUACAAUAGAAACCUGCCAGCUUUCCUAAAGAACAGGCCCAGGGACAUGGUGCAGCACAUCCUGUCACGUUAUGGAGAGGCACAGUCCAUCGACACCAACAGCAUUGUGGACAAAGGAGAGGGCCAUUUCACAGUAAAGAGCUCCAGUCGCCAGAACACACACCAUACUACUUCCUUCGGAAUCAACAACAGCAUUCCCUCAUGCACGUGCAAGGACUGGCAGAGGUUCAAAUUGCCAUGCAAACACUUCUGUGCUGUCUUCCACCAUGUGCCUGGAUGGGGCUGGCAUAGUCUUUCACCCAUGUAUAGGGACAACCCCAUCUUUUCACUGGAUGAAAGGUACCUGGGACAUACCCCAAACACCAUAGAUGAUGGCUGUGAUGAAGACGAUCCUGGCGAUGCUGCCAUGUGGACCAGCACUGUAUCAGUGGAUGAUGUGAAGCCAACACAGACCUGCAAAUUACCAGCAAAAGGAAAAAAGUCAAAGAAGUGGAUACUAAAGACGCAGUGUGGCAGUGUCCUUCGGGAGAUCACACAGCUGGCAUUCCUCGUCCAUGAUGAAGAAUACCUGCAGCUCCUCAAAAACCAACUUGAGGAUGUGUUGGAGGAUGUGAGAGGGCACACACCUCAUGAUGGUCCUUUUCCUCUUAACACCAGCCCAACAAAAACACAGGGGGCAAGUUUUCAUGCCAAUAGCAUACCAUCAUCAACCAUCCACACAAAGACAGAGGGAGCAAGUUCUAACAACAUCACUCCUCUGAACCCCACCCCCACAAAAAGGACGGCAGCAAUGGCAAAGCUUCCAGCAUACAGAGCGCCAAACAAAAACAGGAAAAACCCAUAUACCAACCGGGUUGGCCAACAGGCAGAGAUGAUGAGAAGCAACUUCCGAUGUAACGUCAUGGUUCAAGAUGAUGACACAGAAGAGAGCCUUCAGCUCACAGUGGUAGACCUGACUGAGGAAACAGGUCAGACAGACCUCCCCUCAGAUGAUGAGAAGGGACAGGGUGACUGGUCGACAAUUAACCAUACUAGUUUGACUGCGGAAGAUCGAAAACAACUGCAAGUUGGAGAGUGGCUUACCGACAAACACAUCAACUGUUCCCAGCACCUCCUGAAGGAGGAGUACUAUCCUAUUGUUGAUGGUUUUCGGGACACAGUCGUCCUUGCAUCUAGUACUAGGAUGGAAAGCUCGACCUCCCAGCUGGCAGUCCCAGCUAUGGCAGAAUGUGUUCAGUUGCACCACCUUGGCAACCACUGGGUGGUUUCCUCUGCAAAAGAGGGAGAUUCUGGUGGCAUCACUGUGUAUGACUCCUUGUACACGUCUCUGGGGAUUGGGCUACGAAGACAGCUAGCGACCAUCUAUCAGCAGUAUGCUACUGCAGAUGAAGGUGUCAUCCCGGUAAAGGUCAUCUGUGCGCAGCGGCAGAUAGGCAGCAGUGACUGUGGGCUUUUUGCCAUUGCUAACGCUGUUGCGCUGGCUGAAGGACGGUGCCCCACUGACAUUGAGUUUCACCAGAUGAAGAUGAGGGAACAUCUUGAUUGGUGUCUGACAGAAAAGUCUCUCCCAAUGUUUCCACACAGCACACGUGUAGCUGGGCAUAAGAACUUACAGCAAAGCACAUACCAGAUGUGCAUCUUCUGCAUUUGUCUUGAGUACAGACAGGAUGCACCGAUGAUACAGUGUGACCAGUGUGCCAACUGGUACCACUAUCACUGUGUGAACAUGUCCCCUCAAGAUGUGGCUAUCCUUGUAGCAGAAGAGAAGUACAUCUGCCCGACAUGCAGAUGAAGAGGGACAUACUAGUUAGGAGAGUUUCGACAUGCCUUGUCUUAUUUCUUUUGUUUUUCAUGGGGAAUAUCUAGUUUGCCCACUUUGUCAGAGUCAAUGUUGCCCUUAAUGUAUGCUUGACAGUUUAAGUUCAAGUCAAAGUUAAAGCCAUUCUUACUGUUCUGUGUUCACCAAAAAACGGUCAGGCAACUUUUGGGGCAUCAUGAGAACGGGGCACUGCCACUUUCUAUGCUUUGCAUCCAUAUGACAGUAGCAUGGAACGUUAACUACAUUACCCUCAAUUUUUUUUUUCAUGUUCAUGUCUCCUCUCUGACAUUGGGCUUGACUAGGGUUACACUCCCUAGUCACUGAGGGGGCCCUAAUUACAUUACCCUCAUUUUGGGGGGGGUUCAUGUUCAUGUCACUCUCCUCUCUGACAAUGGGCUUGACUAGGGUUGCACUCCCUAGUCACUGAGGGGGCCCAACUUAAUGUUCCAUGUUACUGCCUUAUGUAGCCAGCAUAGUUAGUGGUGGAUGUAGAUAGCCAUUUUGGAAGCCUGGGGACCACAAAUUUUUACUUAACUUAGGGGGGAUGGGGGAUGACACCCUUGGCAGAUGACCUCCUCGUUGGUGGGUGUCGGUAAUGUUGUCAGUCACAGGCAACAGCUAACGAUCUGCCAUGUCCUAACUCUUCUGUGA